AUGACAAACCCUGAGGCAGUUUUACGCUGCACACUCUAUCGGAUUAUUCAGGCUUGCGGCGAGCCUGGUUCUACCUCCGAGGAUGUCGUUAAUGCCCUCUUCAAGUACGCAGUGAGCCUGCGUGACCAGUGGUCUGUGCGCAUAUCCUCUGUUUCACCACUCAAUCUCGACACGCUUGUCGAGGCCUUCGCUGAUCGUGCCGUUAUCCUGGCGCGUAUUUUCAUGUACCUGAUGGUCUCUGGGACUUCCACCACCGUCGGUACUAAGGAGACCUCUGAAGACUUCGAUGCCUUCCAGCCCACUUUCGUGGACGAUAUAUCUGCUGCGUGUGCCAACAGUGGAGCUGCUGGCAGGAUGCAUUCUCCUAAAGUUGCAAAGUUUCUGGAACUCUGCAAACAGCAUUGUGCGGCACCACCACCCGAGACCCUGUUUGAUUGGCGCAGCCUUGAGCAGACUGCCACCCCGCCGCGCAUUCAUCAAGGACGUCGGCUACGCAUGCUUCGUAUAGACGAUUUUGUUGGUAGCAUUUCCAUCGAGGCCUACGUUGAGUUCACAAAGCUGCGCCAGUCAGCCAGCUUCUUUGCCACCCGCAGCGUACUGCUUGCCUUUUUGCACUGGUUCUUCUCCGCCUCCUCAUCGGAAACUGCAAGUCAGCGUUUCAGUGCAGGCGACCUCUUGGCCUACCUCUUCACUUCCGGCUUGUAUGACCUCAUUGAUUUGGCCUUUUGCAAUCGUCGCCUUCUUGGCAUUCAACUUUCAUCACCGAUAACUUCCGUUGAAUUGGAGCAGGCUAGUUUGCUUAUUCGUAGACUCAGUUACCUUUGA